AAACCAUUAUGGGAAACGCCAAGGAUACCGCUGGAUCGACACCAACCACUGCUACCGGCCGUACGCGCCAGCAGCCAGGGUUAGCUUGUGAUGAAUGCCGGGCUCGCAAGCUUCGCUGUGACAGGCAACGCCCCGCCUGCUUCCUGUGCCAGAGCCUUGGCUCUGAGUGCGUCAGGGCCAGUACGAGUCUACCUCGGGGACCCAAGAAAGGUCAUAUGCGUAUAUUGCAGUCCAAAAUCACUACCUAUUUGCUCACCAUUUCUGAACAGNAUGACCUGGAACGCCGCCUCAGCGAGACCGAAACAGUCCGCACCCAGCCCACUGCACAGAAAUCCGAGACUCAACCAGAAGAGGCUACCGUCGAGGUUGUUCAGACCCCCUCGGAGCCUGUUGCAACGACGCAAUGCUUCAUAUCUGAUACCGGAGAUCAAGGCCUACUGGCCAUUGAUCAGCUUGCGCCUCCAGACCUCGACGUCAAUAUGGACUACUUCAUGAUGCAAACAUCACCGGAUAUCUCAGACCAGACUUUUGGUUUUCCAACCGCCUCUACGGACAAUACGUGCGACUCUGCGAUAGACCUUACCUGCAUUCCAUCUCAGCCACUAGCAUCCACAUUCAUGACGGUACAUAUGCAAGCGGAUUUG